AUGAGGAUCCACACUCCUCAGUCCAGCAGUGGCAGCAGCAAGUAUUGUUGCAGGUGGUCUUGGAUUAAUAAAGAUAUUGCCCGCUUGGUGUUACUUUUCUCAGCCAUACUACUCUACAUGAUGUUUGGAGCUGUUGUCUUCUCUGCCUUGGAAAGAACUUCUGAGAUUAAAGCUCUUAAAAAAUGGGAUAAGAAGUUUACUGAGUUUGCUCAGAAGCACCAGGUAAACCAGGGAGAGCUGCAUAUGCUGCUGAAGGAUUACGAACAUGCCAAUGUUGCUGGAAUUUGGGUGCAAGGUCAGAGGACACAGUGGGACUUUUCAGGAGCCUUUUGCUUUGUGGCAACUGUUGUCUCCACUAUUGGAUAUGGACUGACAGCACCAGCCACCACUGAUGGAAAGGUUUUUCUCAUUUUCUUUGGCUUGAUUGGAUGUGCAGGAGCCAUUCUUUUUUUCAACCUCUUUUUAGAACGUGCCAUUACCCUUUUAGCAUAUGUUCUACAAAGAGGUCGCAAGUGGAACAGGGGGCUAAAAAGUGAUACAUCUCAUCUUAACACACAACAAGGAUACGGUCUGGGCAGGCAGAAAUCUUGGAAGCCCUCUGUCUACCACGUGGCUAUCAUUUUAUUGUUAGUUUGUUUCCUGGUAGCAUUUGGUGCAUCUGGACUCUACACUAUUGUAGAAGGUUGGGACUAUCUGGAGUCAAUGUACUUCUGCUUUGUAACUUUUAGCACUAUGGGCUUUGGAGACAUGGUAAGCGGACUUAAGGAAUGCUAUGAAUCAAGCUGGUUUUACAAAAUUGCCAACUCAUUAGCACUUUUUCUUGGUGUGUGCUGUACAUAUUCUCUUUUAAACCUUAACUCUGUCAUAAUAAAACAGAUCCUGAACUGGUUGUUGGACAAGAUCAUGUGUUUGAGUUGCUGUCCACAGACUGGAUUGAAAAAUUUCUGCUGUUCCUGCUUGAUGUGUACUAAAGACCCUGAUCUUCAGCCCGAGCCGAAUACAGAAAGCCAUUUUGGCCAACACUGGAUCUGCAAUAUGAAAAUGGUUUCCCUGAGCUCCCAUGGCAGAGAGAAAAGCAGUGGUGAUGGUUCUGCAUUACAGACUGUGUACCAGAGUGAAAUAGAAAAGAAUGUCACAAUUGAACAACAUGUGUCAGACAAAACUGUGAAUGGCAGUCACCACCACCUUUGA